AUGGCGGCGAGUAUGAAUGCGUGAAAGCGUUCAAAAUCUUUAAACUUGUCGUCACGAACGCGUACGGUGGUGUUUCAGUGAAUGCAGUUGCCAUUUAUUUGAAGGUCAGCGUUUGGACCAACGGAGUGCAGAACUACAUAGCUGCUACGGUACCAGUACAGCUUCCUUUAUAUUCUUCUAGCCAGGAAUGGGCUCUUCCAAACACAGUGGACCCGUGUUGAACGCUGAAUCUGAACGUUUGUGUUUUUCAAAUUCAUACUUGUUUUAGAAGGAGAGUUGUGGAGAUCUCUGUGACUGGACUGUACUGUAGACUUGUGAAGUUGCAUUUUCUGAGGGGAUGGAAGAUGAUGUCUCAUUGCAUAGGCUGGAGGGUAGUGACCCUAGCGUGCAAGCUGGUGGGCUGAUAGUGAAGAAGAAAAGUGCGGCCGCAGAACCUCACAUCUUUAGGGCUCCCACACCACGCACAUCCUUGCUGGGUCUGGAUCUGCUGGCAGCGCAGAAGCGCAAGGAGCGCGAGGCAGAAAAUGAUGACAAGAAGACCAAGAAGUCCAAGGUGUCCUCAUACCGGGACUGGGCAGAAGGCAGAAGUGACUCUGGAUCCGAUGAGGAGGAGGAGGUGGUGGAAGAAGGUGGGGGCGAUAGGAAGGAGAGAAAAUACCGUAUGACAGGCUCGGAAACGCCCUCCAACCCAGGUGGAGUCAGUGAAGAGUUCCGGCGCAAACACCAGCAGAGGGAGAAAGAGCGGCGGGAACAUGGAGUCUAUGCCUCCUCCAAAGAGGAGAAGAAACGAGACAAAGAGCGGGACAGAGACAGAGACAGGAACAGGGACAAGGACAGAGCAAGGGAGCGGAGGAGUGAGAGAGAUGAUCGAGAGCGCAGCAGCAGCCGCUCAGAGCGGGGUGAGCGGAGUGAGAGGAGUGAGCGUGCUCAGAAGGACAGCUGGUCUGAGCGCAGCAGGCGGGGGAGCAGGAGAGAAGAGCCCGAGUCACCCCGCCACCGGCCCAGAGAUGCCCCCACACCUUCACGGUCCAGCUGGGAUGAAGAUGACAGUGGGUAUUCCAGCUCCCGAUGGUCCCACUGGGAGUCGCCCUCCCCUGCCCCCUCCCACCGGGAGUCAGACAGGUCGGAGCGUAGUCACCGCUCGGGGCGUGAGAGCGAGAGGAGGGACAAGGACAGAUCUGUAAGGAGCCGGUAUCCUGAUGACACGCCCCUGCCCACACCCUCAUACAAGUAUAACGAGUGGGCCAACGACAGGAAGCACCUGGGCUCUACCCCCCGGCUCUCACGUGGGAAAGGUAAAAGGGAGGAAGGGGAAGAUGGCAUUGAAUUUGACAAUGAGGAAGAGAAGCAGCAGUGGGAGGAGGACCAGCGUCAAGCAGACAGAGAUUGGUACAUGAUGGAUGAGGGCUAUGAUGAGUUCCAUAAUCCACUGACCUCAAGCUCAGAAGAGUAUGUGAAGAAGCGGGAGCAGAUCCUGCAGAAGCAGACGCAGAAGCGCAUUUCUGCGCAGAAACGGCAGAUCAACGAGGACAAUGAACGCUGGGAGACCAACCGCAUGCUGACCAGUGGUGUGGUGCAGAGACUGGAGGUAGAUGAAGACUUUGAAGAGGACAACGCUGCCAAGGUCCAUCUGCUGGUUCACAACCUGGUCCCUCCUUUCCUGGAUGGAAGGAUUGUCUUCACCAAGCAGCCUGAGCCGGUAAUUCCUGUGAAGGACCCUACCUCUGACAUGGCUAUCAUCUCCCGUAAAGGCAGCCAGCUGGUCCGCAAACAUCGUGAGCAGAAAGAGCGUAAAAAGGCUCAGCAUAAGCACUGGGAGCUGGCAGGCACCAAGCUUGGUGACAUCAUGGGCAUCAAGAAAACGGAGGAUGAUGAUGGCACCCAGGGAAAACCUGUGGGUGAAGAUGGCAACGUGGACUACAGGACAGAGCAGAAGUUUGCAGAUCACAUGAAAGAGAAAAGCGAGGCCAGCAGUGAGUUUGCGAAGAAGAAGACCUUGCUGGAACAGAGGCAGUACUUGCCCAUCUUUGCUGUGAGACAGCAGCUGCUCAACAUCAUCAGGGACAACAGCAUCGUGAUUGUGGUGGGGGAGACAGGCAGUGGGAAAACCACGCAGCUGACACAGUAUCUCCAUGAGGAUGGUUACACAAGCUACGGCAUGGUGGGCUGCACACAGCCUCGCAGAGUUGCCGCCAUGAGUGUGGCCAAGAGAGUGAGUGAGGAAAUGAGCAGCAACCUGGGAGAGGAGGUGGGCUAUGCUAUCCGUUUCGAGGACUGCACCUCAGAGAAGACUGUGAUCAAGUAUAUGACAGACGGGAUCUUGUUGAGGGAGUCUCUUCGAGAGUCGGACCUGGACCACUACAGCGCAGUCAUCAUGGACGAGGCCCACGAGCGCUCCCUCAAUACAGAUGUGCUCUUUGGCCUGCUCAGGGAGGUGGUGUCCAGGCGUUCAGACUUGAAGCUCAUUGUCACGUCCGCCACCAUGGACUCAGAUAAGUUUGCUGCAUUCUUCGGCAAUGUUCCAAUAUUCCACAUUCCAGGACGAACUUUCCCAGUGGACGUCUUGUUCAGCAAGACACCUCAGGAAGAUUAUGUGGAGGCUGCAGUAAAACAGGCCCUGCAGAUCCACCUGAGUGGCAUGCAGGGGGACAUCCUCAUCUUUAUGCCUGGCCAGGAGGACAUUGAGGUGACGUCAGACCAGAUAGUGGAGCGUCUGGAGGACCUGGAGAGUGCCCCCCCACUGGCUGUGCUUCCCAUCUACUCCCAGCUGCCCUCUGACCUGCAGGCUAAGAUCUUCCAGAAGGCUCCAGAUGGUGUGCGGAAGUGUAUUGUGGCCACAAACAUUGCUGAGACCUCCCUGACUGUGGAUGGGAUCAUGUUUGUCAUUGACUCUGGAUACUGUAAACUGAAGGUUUUCAACCCUCGGAUUGGUAUGGAUGCCCUGCAGGUGUACCCCAUCAGCCAGGCUAAUGCCAACCAGCGAUCGGGCCGAGCAGGCAGGACUGGGCCAGGGCAGUGUUACAGACUGUACACCCAGAGUGCUUUUAAGAACGAGAUGCUCACCACCACCAUCCCAGAGAUCCAGAGGACCAACCUUGCCAACGUAGUGCUGCUGCUCAAGUCCCUAGGAGUGCAGGAUCUGCUGCUUUUCCAUUUCAUGGACCCACCACCUGAGGACAACAUGCUCAACUCCAUGUACCAGCUGUGGAUCCUGGGGGCCCUGGAUAACACAGGUGGUCUGACACCUACUGGCCGCCUCAUGGUGGAAUUCCCGCUGGACCCAGCUCUAUCCAAAAUGCUGAUUGUGUCAUGUGACAUGGGCUGCAGUGCUGAUAUCCUCAUCAUUGUCUCUAUGCUGUCUGUUCCAGCUAUCUUCUACAGGCCUAAGGGCCGUGAGGAGGAGAGUGACCAGGUGAGGGAGAAGUUUGCCGUGCCUGAGAGCGACCACCUCACCUACCUGAACGUUUACCUUCAGUGGAAGAACAACAACUACUCCAGCAUCUGGUGCAACGAGCACUUCAUCCACACCAAAGCAAUGCGCAAGGUGCGAGAGGUUAGGGCCCAGCUCAAAGACAUCAUGGUGCAGCAGAGACUCAACCUGGUGUCAUGUGGCUCAGACUGGGACAUCAUCAGGAAGUGCAUCUGUGCUGCGUAUUUCCACCAGGCCGCCAAGUUGAAGGGGAUUGGGGAGUAUGUGAAUGUCAGGACAGGCAUGCCCUGCCAUCUCCACCCGACCAGCUCUCUUUUUGGCAUGGGCUACACCCCAGAUUACAUCACCUACCAUGAGCUGGUGAUGACCACCAAGGAAUACAUGCAGUGUGUAACAGCUGUGGAUGGAGAAUGGCUGGCAGAGUUGGGACCCAUGUUCUACAGUAUCAAGCAUGCAGGAAAAAGCAGACAAGAGAACCGGCGUCGGGCAAAGGAAGAGAUCUCCAUCAUGGAAGAGGAGAUGUCAUUGGCAGAGCAGCAGCUGCGGGCGAGGAAAGAGGAGCAGGAGAGAAAGAGUAGCCUGGGCAGUGCCAGGUCAGUAAAGAUCUACACCCCAGGCAGGAAAGAAGAUGUGCCCAUGACCCCAAAGAGAACGCCUGCACGAUUCGGCCUUUAAUUCAGACACUUCUGUUGUAGAAAUAUAGGGACCUGACAAAAUAUAUAGUCUCCUGUUGAUAUCAAAGCUUCCUAUCCUCUGGAGCUAAGCAAAUACUUCACUAUUACAGUGUGAGCAUUGUUGAAAGGUCUGACAAUUAUUUUUGCCAGUACCUUCAAAAUAUGAAAUUCAGUGGCUUAACCAGUAGAGGGAGCACAUGUAUAAGGCCAGGGAGUUGGCCACGUUGACUCAUUCCUUCAGCUGAAUAAAAUCACAUCUGUUUUCCUCAGUGAGCAACAACAUUAAAUUUUUGCCUUUCACCAUUUGAAUCCUUGUGAUAUGCAAAGUAAUGAUAUUCAAAAUGAAGGCAAUUUGAGAAUGUUUUCUCACUGCUGUAA